AUGGCUGGCAGCAACCGUGAUUUCGAUUUUACCUCGGUUGCGUCCGACGGUCUUUCCAUCUCAGCAUCCAAUCCGCCAUGGCAGAUAGACCCAGGCGAGAGAUUAUUCAAGAUAAUCCUAUUGGAAAGGGUCCGCGUCUCGUUCAAUUCGAUCCCCGAAGAUAAAAAGGCCCACGGAAUGCGGACGCAGGACGAUUUGACAAGGGAUAGCAAAUGCUCCGUUAAACAACUCCGGGAUGUCAUUCGCGGCUUUCUGAGAACGGCGCCAAACCUUGCCGCUGGCGACCUGCUAUCUGAUAUGAAAGAUCGCGCCGUCGCCGAUGAUCCAGCCGAUGCCCUGAUCUGGGAUCAAGUCUACCGCGCCGUUAUCAAGUCCGCCAUGACAGAUCGAUCUCGGUCAGAGAUCAUUAGGGAUAACCCUAUCGGAAAUGGCCUUGCUGCCUUUCACGCAUCAUUCUACUCGAUCUGCGACGAGAAGGAGGUGCCGCGCACCCCUGACGCGGUGGGCCAACUUGACCAAGAAGAUCUCCAAACCAUUGUCCUCCUCCUUUUUUCGACGCUACAGAUCCUUCCCGCCUCUCGUCUGCUCCGCUCCGGCGGUACAGGCAAAAACGUCCUCGGCGACAUUGCAAGACUCAAUUCGGCCGUUGCUUCCGACGACUUCGACCUCGACCGUAUCAAGCCCCUCCUGCGUGCAGCCCUUGCCGAUGAUCCAAACGAUGCCCUGAUCUGGGAUCAAGUCUACCGGGUCGUCGCCAAGUCCACCCCUCCUCCCCGCCUGGUGCCAUCUGUACUAUCUUCCUUCCAGCAAACCCCAUGGCUACACAACACUGGCAGUUUCGCCAACUCCUCGGAAUACCGUCAAGAUGUGGAUAGGGUUCUUAGGUCGGAGCUUGGUCCGCUCUAUGUUGGGCUUCCUGGCGCCCGCGACGUUUUUUUCGGGCGCGUGGCAGGCCUACAUGCAGCUUCUGAGGCCGUCUUGAAGAAGUGCACCGAAGGCGACAAUCCACUUUUUGGCAGCGAAGGGUGGCGCGGAUGGCCGUCAGAUGCAAAGGAAAGCGACGUACUGGCCUGGUUUGACGAUAUAAUCCCAAAGUUGGACGCAUUUGCAGAGACCUAUAGGCCGACCCCAACACGUCGACGAAGACCACUGGCACAGCCUAAUAAGCCGAUUCAGGGUUCAACAGGAGAGCGGAAGCUGGACAUCGGCUUGGUCGACAACCCCGAGGCCGGAAAAGAUUCAAAAUAUCACUGGUCGCAUAUCCUUGUGCCUGGAGAGCUCAAGAGCAACCGCUCUGCUGACAAAGCCUCAAAGGCAUGGCUUGAUCUGGGGAGGUACGCGAGAGAAGUCCUCGCAGCCCAAGACACCCGGCGAUUUGUUUUGGGCUUCACUCUCUGCGGACCUCUCAUGAGGUUAUGGGAGUUUGAUCGGCUAGGCGGGAUCGCAUCCGAAAAGUUCGACAUCAACGAAGAUGGGCUGGAGUUUGUUACCACGAUUCUUGGCUUUCUGUGGAUGAGCGAGGAGGAGCUUGGCUUCGAUCCUACCGUGGUCACGGCAGAGGGCCAGCGGUUCAUUGUGAUCGAGCGGGACAGCCGGACAGAGCGUCUCAUCAUUGACGAGCUGAUGACGCGUGUCCCUUGCGUCGCCGGCCGCGCGACGACUUGCUGGAGAGCGCACCGCGAAGAAGACCCAAAGACAAAACUGGUAAUCAAGGACUCAUGGCAGUAUACGGAGCGCGAGGAUGAAGGGGACCUGCUCCAAGAGGCAACCGAGAAGGGUGUGGUCAACGUGGCCCGAUACUACCACCACGAGACUGUUCAAGUCCAUGGCACGGAUGACGAUAUUCGGAGCAACGUUCGCGGAGGACUGGACAUUACAGCAGCUACGAAUUAUCGGCCGGAACGCUCGAUGCCGCUUCCGAACACAAUCGUGUCUGGUGCUUCGCGGAGAGGCCGCAGCAGUAGCAGCACUGCUGGCAAGAAGCGAUCAUCUAGCCGAAUUGGCGCCACCCUCCCCCCCAGCAAACGAUCCUGUUCGGCAUCCCCAACCAAGGUUAGCGGCGACGGAUUAUCGAACCGUGUGCACCGACGUGUCAUCCUCCGUGACUAUGGAAAUCCCAUUUACAAGGCAAGCUCUCGGUCGGCUCUCCUUGCCGCGCUCGAGGGUUGCAUCCAGGGACACGAGUCCUUGCUCAAGGCUGGAUUCCUUCAUCGAGAUAUUUCCAUCAACAAUCUGAUAAUCAACGAGGAUGACAACCUCUGCUGGCCCUCCUUUUUGAUCGAUCUCGACCUCGCCGUACGAGAGACACGAAAGGGCGCCUCUGGAGCAAAGGGCAAGACAGGCACGCGGGCGUUCAUGGCAAUUGGGGCGCUUCUAGGCGAGCAGCACUCAUUCAUGCACGACCUUGAGUCGUUCUUCUGGGUGCUGUUUUGGAUAUGCAUUCACUACAAUGGGUCAGAUGAGGGCAGAGUCAUUCCUGAGUUUGACCAAUGGAAUUACAUCAGCAUAGAAUUGUUGGCAAAGGAGAAAAAGGGACAAGUGUCUCAUGAACAGGAUUUUAUUAAAUCCGCAGAGGAUAACUUUACCUCAUACUACCAGCCAUUGAUACCUUGGGUUAACCGACUACGGAAAGCAGUAUUUCCGAAUGGUGGCAGAUGGGAAACAGAGGAGAUAGGAUUGUAUGCUCGGAUGAGAGGAAUUAUCGAGGAAGCCCGCAAAGAUCCAAAGGUGUCGGCAGAGAGAUAG